AGCGGCAGGCAGCGAGACACACACAGAGCCGAGCUCCCGCUUCGCUUCCCGCCUCCCCUCCCCGACAGCAGCGGCGGGGCUGGCCGGGCCCUGGAACGCACGUAGCCCCCUCCCCUGCCGCCGCCGCUCGCACCCCGAGGCGCCAGCGACGGGCGCUUGCUCCAGGGCUGCCCCUGCUGCCCGCCUCCUCCUCCCCCCCUCCCAGCCCUGGUCGCCGGCUGCUGCAGCUGCACCGCCCCAGGUCCCCGCUGCUCCCGCGUGUCCCUCCCCGGCCGCUGGAUAGAGGCGCAGGCAGCUCCCCUGAGCAGCACCCAGAGCGCUGCUCUCCUCCUGGCAGGAACAUGGCAGAUAAUCUAAGUGACGCCUUGAAGAAGCUGAAGAUAACAGCCAUUGAGAGCACAGCAGAUAGCUUGGAAGGAUGCUUGGAUUGCCUGCUUCAAGCCCUGGCUCAAAACAAUACCGAGACAAGCGAAAAAAUUCAAAAAAGUGGGAUUCUUCAGGUGUUUGCAAGUCUGUUGACUCCACAGUCGUCCUGCACGGCAAAAGUAGCUAACAUCAUAGCAGAAGUAGCCAAAAAUGAAUUUAUGCGGAACUCGUGUGUGGAUGCUGGGUUGAUCCCUCCACUGGUGCAGCUCUUAAACUGCAAAGACCAGGAAGUGUUGCUUCAGACAGGACGUGCCCUGGGCAAUAUAUGCUAUGAUAGCCAUGAGGGCAGGAGUGCAGUUGACCAUGCAGGUGGUGCACAGAUUGUAGUAGACCAUUUAAGGUCACUGUGCAGUAAAACAGAUCCAGCCAAUGAGAAGCUCUUGACUGUCUUUUGUGGCAUGCUGAUGAACUAUAGCAAUGAGAAUGAUACCCUGCAAUCUCAGCUUAUCAAUAUGGGCGUUAUCCCCACGUUAGUGAAACUGUUGGGCAUUCAUUGCCAAAAUGCAGCUCUGACUGAAAUGUGCCUUGUUGCAUUUGGCAAUUUAGCAGAACUUGAAUCAAGCAAAGAGCAGUUUGCCUACACAAACAUUGCUGAAGAGAUUGUAAAACUAUUCAAGAAACAAAUAGAACAUGACAAAAAAGAGAUGAUUUUUGAAGUUUUGGCUCCUCUGGCAGAAAAUGAUAUCAUUAAACUGCAGCUGGUUGAAGCAGGCCUGGUCGAAUGUCUACUUGAGAUUGUCCAGAAGACUGUAGACAGUGACAAAGAGGAUGACAUAGCUGAACUUAAAACAGCCUCUGAUCUUAUGGUUUUACUACUACUCGGAGAUGAAUCCAUGCAAAAGUUAUUUGAAGGAGGAAAAGGCAGCGUCUUCCAAAGGGUACUUUCAUGGAUUCCUUCCAAUAACCAUCAGCUACAGCUUGCAGGAGCACUGGCUAUUGCAAAUUUUGCAAGAAAUGAUGGAAACUGCAUCCAUAUGGUGGAUAAUGGAAUAGUUCAAAAGCUGAUGGAUCUGCUAGACAGACAUGUGGAAGAUGGAAACGUAACUGUGCAGCAUGCAGCACUGAGUGCACUCAGAAACUUGGCUAUUCCUGUUGUAAAUAAGGCUAAGAUGCUAUCAGCUGGCGUUGCAGAAGCGGUACUGAAAUUUCUCAGAUCGGAGAUGCCCCCUGUUCAAUUCAAGCUGCUGGGAACGUUAAGAAUGUUAAUAGAUGCACAAGCAGAAGCUGCUGAACAGCUGGGAAAGAAUGUGAAAUUGGUUGAACGGUUGGUGGAAUGGUGUGAAGCCAAGGAUCAUGCAGGUGUGAUGGGGGAGUCAAACAGACUGCUUUCUGCACUUAUCCGACAUAGCAAAUCAAAAGAUGUAAUUAGGACCAUUGUUCAGAGCGGUGGCAUCAAGCAUUUAGCUACCAUGGCAACUAGCGAACAUGUAAUAAUGCAAAAUGAAGCUCUUAUUGCUCUGGCACUAAUAGCGGCAUUAGAAUUAGUCACUGCUGAGAAGGAUCUCGAAAAUGCUAAACUAGUCCAGAUUCUACACAGACUGCUCUCAGAUGAGAGGAGUGCUCCAGAAAUCAAAUACAACUCCAUGGUGUUGAUCUGUGCUCUCAUGGGAUCUGAACCCCUUCACAAGGAAGUGCAGAACCUGGCAUUUCUAGAAGUUGUAUCAAAACUCCGCAGCCAUGAGAAUAAAACUGUUGCCCAGCAGGCCUCACUAACAGAGCAGAGACUCGCAGUAGAAAGCUGAGGAAGGUCUCCCAUUUCCAGACAGCAUUCCAUCAUGGAUUUCACCUUUGUCUUCUGUCCUGCUGCCGCUCCUGCUAUGUUUUCCACUGUAUCACUUGUGCAUGCAUGUAAUGUUCCCACACAAAUUGAUGAACUGCUGUAGGUACCUGUCCAAUAAAAGAUUUCCAAAAUCCA